CGCCAUCAUCAUCCCCAUCCUCCGCCGAAACGGGGGGUGAAUUCUGUCAACCCAAGAGAUUAUUGUGAACGAGUCUAGCAUAUCUAUGGUAGCCGAACCUCGUGUGCUCAGUUUCAAGAAACACUAAAUACCCAGCAGUAUGGAAACGCCAGUGGAUAGCUCCAGGAUGCGCCGAAACUACGGUUACUCAAUCUCAGCUCUUGUGCCAUAAAGCAGGACGAUGGUCGUUGCUAGAGACUGCUUGUUAACAGCUUUCUACUCUUCACAAAUAUGAGUGUAAACAUUUUGAACAACUUUGGGGUCGAAUAUGCAAUCGGUACUUGCAUCUUUGUUUUACGAUGGUUCUCUCGCUGGAAGACAGCUGGAUUCAAACACUUUGGUUGGGAAGAAUUCUUCGCUCUAUCUGCGUGGUUCUUCUUUAGCCUCGGGUUUGCGAUCAGGGAAUAUUCGCUAUCCAUUCUCAAUCCACAACACACACUAUCCCUUUGGACGAGACAACCAAUACCGCAAGAAACUAAGUCGGUCCUUGCCAGCUCAUUCUUCACGACAUUCUCUUUUUGGAGCUUAAAAGGCUGCCUUGUCUUGCACUUCCUGCGCCUUGACUCUGCCAAUCCUGAUACAACAUCACUGCCACUCACAACACCGCCAGCCGAAGGGAUCUCUCCAUUGCGCCGAUAUGUACAAUUUGUUGCAGGGCUUUCCGUAUUGGCUUGCGUCGUUUGUAUCGUCGCACAACUCGCUUAUUGCCUCCCACUUAAUCGUCAUGGGCAGAUUCAAUCCGACUCUAAAGAACAGUGCACCCCCAGUAUGGGUGUGAAUAUGUUUGUGACAACAAGUAAUGUUUUAACCGACGCGUUACUUCUGGUUGUCCCACUAUUGGCUCUGUUUGAUAUGCGCAUAAGUAUGCGACAGAGGAUCAAGAUUGGCUUCCUCGUAUCAUUGGGUCUUGCCGUUAUGGUUAUCGCUCUUGGUCAAGGUGCUUUGGUCGCCGGCGGUAUUGAGUCGAUAUCCACAACCUGGGUUUGGACGCAAAGAGAAGCCAUCAUUGCAAUCUUCACUGUCAAUGCUCCUGUCAUCAACGAACUUCUCGAUGAUGCACUACUGCCAAAUACUGGAUCCCCAUAUGGAUGUCUAUGCGGUUGGCGGUAUGCACCAGAGAAAGCCCUGAUUCCAACCGAUAGCAAUCCUUGGAGCAUACACGUAACGAGACACGAAACUUUUACAGUAGUGGAAGCCGACACAGACAGUGAGCCCGCCGAUGCUUCCUGGGUCGUCAGCAAAUCAAAAACAACUGUGCCAUUUCGGAUAUCCUGGAGAAAUAUUGUUCAGGGCGGUCACAAUGCCGAGCGUAUACUUUAAAGCAAACCAGCUCUGUAGGACUAUCUAUCGAAUUUCUGUCUGGUUUGCGUCUUUCCUCGUAUUCUCAUUUCAUCUCAGGUAUAAUCUCUCAUGAUGCGUAUACGUUACUUUCCAUUUGAUUAAGGGUAUUUUGAGCGUGUGCUGUUCUCGAGAUAUCUUCCAAGGGUUGUUUCCUGAGGUACUGGGUGGCGCUUUGCAAGAUUUUGCGGGCGACCGUAUACGUAUCGAUGGCAUGCACUUGCAACAUUACACAUCAAUUCAAU